GCGGCACCGGCCUCGCACGGCGGCGCCGCGGGAGCCGCCGCAGCCCCGCCAUGGCCAAGGAGGGAGCGCAGCGAGCCGAGGAGACGGAGCAGAUGAUCGACAAGGAGGGCGGCAGGGAGGCGGCCGAGGGCGGCGCGGGCGGCAGCCUGCGCGCCGGGGACGCCAAGGAGAUGCGAGCCGUGGUGCUCUCCGCCUUCGGGGGGCUCAACAAGCUCCGCGUGUCCAAGAAAGCCAUGCCGGAGCCGCAGGAGGGCGAGCUGAAGAUCCGCGUCAAAGCCUGCUGAUUCCCUCUAAGUUCCAGAUUCUCAACAUGAAGAAGGAGGCCAGCACUGUGGGGAGUAUUCUGCCCAGAAUUAGCCCAUUU